AUGACAGAACAGACAUCUACUGCAUCGCGCAGUGCGGUUCUACACCGAGAUAGCCAUUUCAUUCCCAAGAGAGCUAUCGGUGGUAAAGGAUGCUAUAUUAAUUUGGAAGAUGGCACGAAGUUCCUUGAUUCAACUGGUGGCGCUGCUGUCUCAUGUCUAGGACAUGGUAAUGAAAAGGUUCAGCAAGCCAUCAAAGAUCAGUUGGAUCAAAUUUCCUACUGCCACACAGCAUUUUUCGGAACAAAUGUUACAGAAGAACUGGCUCGCGCUCUAGUUGAUUCCACUGGAGGAAAAAUGUCCAAGGUAUUCGUCAUGAGUUCAGGCUCUGAAGCUGUUGAGGCUGCGAUGAAACUGGCCCGUCAGUACUUUCUUGAGUUAUCUGACCCCCAAACUGAAAGGACACGGUUCAUUGCACGUCUGCCCUCUUAUCAUGGUACUACUCUUGGUGCACUGAGUAUCGGUGGGCAUGUUCAUCGAAGAGAGCCAUUCUUGCCUCUACUCUCGAAAAAUAUCUCUCAUGUCUCCCCGUGCUAUGCCUAUCGUGGUAAGAAAGACGGCGAGUCUGAUGCGGAUUACGUUAGUCGAUUGGCGGCAGAGUUAGAUGCGGAGUUCAAGCGAGUGGGGCCGGAGACUGUUUGUGCAUUUAUUGCAGAACCUGUGGUUGGAGCGGCAUUAGGUUGUGUUCCAGCGGUACCGGGAUAUCUCCCCGCUAUGAAAGCUGUGUGCGAAAAGUAUGGUGCUCUAUUUAUUCUGGAUGAAAUCAUGAGUGGAAUGGGUAGAUGCGGAACUCUACACGCUUGGGAACAGGAGGAUGUCGUUCCUGAUAUUCAGACCAUCGGCAAGGGUCUGGGUGGUGGCUAUGCUCCUGUCUCUGGAAUGUUGAUAAAUGAUUCCAUCGUACAGGUUUUGGAUAAGGGAACUGGUUCGUUCCGACACGGGCAGACAUACCAGGGCCAUCCGAUCUCUUGUGCGGCUGCCUUGGCUGUACAAAAGGUGAUUCAAGAGCAGUCGCUUUUGGAGAAUGUGCGGAGUAUGGGCACCUACUUGGAGCAACAGCUACGCCACCGUUUUCGAAACCACCCACAUGUCGGCGAUAUUCGUGGAAAGGGAUUGUUCUGGGGGAUGGAAUUUGUCAAAGACAAGACUACUAAAGAGCCAUUCGAUAAGGAGACACGGCUAUCGGCUUUGAUUCAAGAAAAGGGGCUGUGUCCGGAGUUUGCUAUUUCGUUGUAUGGAUGCUCCGGCACAGUUGAUGGUAUCAGUGGUGAUCAUGUUAUCUUGGCACCGCCUUAUAUCGUGUCGAAAGAGGAGAUUGACAUUAUUGUUGAUGUUACUGCAAAGGUUCUGGAGGCGGUUUUCAAUGAGAUAAAAUAG